AUGUUGGCAGAGGAACCAGAUUUAUGGGAUCACAAGUAUUGUCUUAUGCCUGGCUUAACUCUAGUUCUUCAUCCCUUGCGUAUGAUUCCCCCUAUCAAGGCUUCCAAACAUUGGGAAAGUGUUCUUUGUAACCAUCAGCCCUGGACUAAGGAUUCAUCAGCCCUAGCGUGGGUGCUUUCAGAUGUCAAAGCGGAGUCCAAGCCGAAGGGAAUCACAGCCGUAGUCAACCGACAGGGUUCAUUUCUAAGUAGGUUGGAUUCAAUUCUACUUUUUGCAUUUCAUAUAGCUGCAAAAAGUGGAAUUGGGCGCUUGGUCCUGGCUGGGCGGGCGCUAGGGAGCCUCUCGAAGUCUCCGAUCUCACAGAUGGUUAGGUCAAUUACAUCGAGCCUGUCGCUUUUACUUUCACUGCUUUAA